CUGCAAUGUCUGUCAGUGUCCCAACGACAUAGGACAUGGCAUGGCAUACCAGACUUCUAUGGGGAUCCGCACUGAUCGCCGUGCAGGUGCACUUGCUGGCUACAGAGGCCGUCGCCUGCGAUGAUGGAGACUCACUUGUACUUCUGCAGGGCAAGGCACGAACGCAAUCAAAAUCCACGUUUGCGACAGGUGUGAUCGAUGAAGAAGAAGGCACUCUUGCGAUAACAGCAAUGGAACGAGCACGCCACCAUUUGGGCAAGGUCCGUGAGAUGAAUGUCCAUGGAGCCACUGGUGUGGGUAUACUUGAAGAGCAACAUGCACACUACUUGGUGGCAGAUAUGAAAGAACCACAAGUGCCACAGAUCCUUCGAAACUGGAAGAAAGAGCUAGUGCGGCUUAGCCACAAGCCAUGGGUUCUUGCUCUGAAGGAGCAGGUUCUGCAAAUUGGAAUGAGCACAGCUCAGCAGGCAUUGAAGGCAAAGGCCGAGGUGCAAAGGUUGCUUGAUAAGUCUUUGCGAAUCUUUGCGAACCUUUGCGAACUGAGUUCUUCAAGCCCAGUUCUGUAGAGUAGUGGCUUGAGUAGUGUUCAAGAGUCUUGCCUGCGACAGCAUCUUCA